CUGAAAGGCUCAAUGAACAGACAUAGGGUUUGUUUUAGUCUCAACCAAUCACAGAACAGUAUUUUCCCAGGAGACGAGCUGGCUUACCCAGAGAGAGGAGAGAGAGAGAGAGAGAGGACACAGAAAACAAAACAGAGUCUUCAUGUGCAGCCCGGAUUAACCACAUCCCCUUUCUGAAACCAGUGUGAGUAGGAACCCCUGAGAGCAGCCAGCUGCUUAAGGAAUGUUUAGGAAACUGAACCAGAGAUAAAGCUCGAACUGAUGCACUAGAAAAAAAGAGAAGCCAGACUGUUUCCAGGAGCGUGAACAUCUCCCCCGUAGUGAGUAAAGUAUGGGGAGUAUGAAGGAGUUGAGUGUGCGUCAGCAGACCCGAGUGCUUCUGCACAAGAAUCUGCUCAAGAAAUGGCGGAUGAAGAGAGAGAGCCUAUUGGAGUGGAGCAUACCGGUUGUUAUAGGACUGUAUAUGGGUCUGUUUUCCUAUUUCAAAGAAAACAAUCAGGUCCCGGAAGUCCCUCCUCAGGAUCUUGGAAGCAUAGAUGAAUUCAAUGGCUCUUCUAUAAUGGUUGUAUAUACUCCAAUCUCUAAUGUAACCCAACAAAUAAUGAACAAAACCAUAACUGCUCCAACUAUGAAAGGAACAAGAAUUGUCGGGGUACCAAGUGAAAAGGACUUGGAUGAAAUGCUUCUGGAUCAUGUGCCACGAGCUUUUGGAAUCGUAUUUAAUGACACUUUCUUUUACAAGUUAAAAGUGUAUCUAAUGUAUGGAAAUCCAUUUCUGAAAGAGGACCUACUAGCUCAUUGCUGGGAUACAUAUCCUCACGUUUUCUGUUCACUGACCAGAUACUGGAAAAGAGGAUUUGUGGCCUUACAAACUGCCAUUAACGCGGCCAUUAUAGAAGUCACAACAAAGCACCCUGUGAUGGAGGAGUUAAUGUCCGUCAACGCGUUCAAUAUGAAGACCUUACCUUUUAUUUCUAAAGACAUUUUUCAAUAUGAAAUUUUUAUCUUGUUCUGCUUGCUCUAUUUCUCCUCGUUCAUCUAUUUUGCGUCACGCAGCGUUACUAAAGAGAGAAAGCACUCUAAGGAGUUCAUGAAAGUAAUGGGUCUACAAGACUCUGCAUUCUGGCUGUCCUGGGGCUUAAUCUAUGUUGGCUUCAUCUUUAUUUUUUCUGUAUUCAUCGCCGUUAUCAUAACAUCUACCCGGAUCAUAGUGAUGACUGGUUUCCUCGUCAUAUUUACACUGUUCUUCUUGUAUGGACUAUCCGUGAUAGCUGUAACUUUCCUGAUGGCUGUUCUGUUACAGAAAGCGAUCAUCACCAACCUAUUUGUAUUUCUCUUUAACCUCUUUUGGGGGUGUGUGGGGUUCACGGUGCUGCACAAAGAGCUCCCCUCAUCUCUGGAAUGGGUCCUGAGCAUCUGUAGCCCUUUUGCCUUCACAUCCGGGAUGACCAAGAUUAUCUUCCUGGAGUACAACUUGAAUGGUGUCGUAUUUCCUGACCCUUCCGGAGAAUCAUAUGUAAUGAUAGCAGUAUUUUUCAUAUUGGCUUUUGAUGGUCUUCUCUACUUGGUUUUGGCCUUGUAUUUUGACAAAAUCUUGCCCUGUGGGGCUGAUCGCCGGGCCGCUCCACUGUUUUUCUUGAAUCCGGUGUCUUGUUUUCGAAAAAGGACCAGUAGAAACAAGGUCACUGAGAGAGACAUAGACCCCGAGCUUCCUUCGGAUGAGUAUUUUGAGCCCGUGGAUCCAGAAUACCAAGGGAAAGAAGCCAUCAGAAUAAGAAAUAUUAGAAAGGAAUAUAAAGGGAAGUCUGGGAAAGUGGAGGCUUUGAAAGGCUUGUUCUUCGAUGUCUAUGAGAGUCAAAUCACAGCAGUUCUGGGCCAUGGUGGAGCAGGCAAAUCUUCAUUGCUAAACAUCCUCAAUGGACUGUCUGUUCCAACUUCAGGGUUAGCCACGGUGUACAAUAAAAAUCUCUCUGAGAUGCAAGACUUGAAGGAAAUCAGAAAGAUGAUUGGUGUUUGUCCUCAACAUAAUGUGCAAUUUGAUGCGCUCACUGUGAAGGAGAACCUUACCCUCUUCGCUAAUAUAAAAGGGAUCGUUCCGCAGAGCGUAGCGCAAGAGGUACAACAAAUCCUGUCGGAGUUGGACAUGCAGACGAUCCAGGAUGAACUGGCUGAACAUUUAAGUGAAGGACAGAAAAGAAAGCUCACCUUUGGCGUGGCCAUUCUAGGAGACCCUCGCAUUUUGCUCUUAGAUGAACCUACUGCGGGACUCGAUCCCUUCUCAAGGCAGCGAGUGUGGGGUUUCCUGAAGGAACGCAGGGCGGACCGCGUGAUCCUCUUCAGUACGCAGUUCACCGACGAGGCAGACAUCCUUGCUGACAGGAAAGUGAUCCUCUCCAACGGGGCUCUCAAGUGUACAGGGUCUUCCGUCUUCCUGAAGAGAAAGUGGGGUCUUGGAUAUCACUUAAGUUUGUUCAUGAAUGAAACGUGCGAUUCAGAGCAGUUAACAUCCUUCAUCAAUCACCACAUCCCCGGUGCUAAACUAAAAGCAAAAACCAAAGAAAAGCUUGUGUACACUUUGCCACUGGAAAAGACAAGCAAGUUCCCAGAGUUCUUCAGUGAUCUCGAUAAAUAUUCUGGCCAGGGCUUGAUGAAUUAUGAAGUCUCCAUGUCAACUCUGAAUGAAGUCUUCAUGAACCUGGAAGGAGAACCAAGUACCACACAGGACUUUGAGAAAGGGGAGACCCUCACAGACUCUGACAGCUUAAAUGAAAUGGAGGUGGCUCCCCCUUCCCUCUCUAAAGCCCAGAAGACCAUGAGCGCUAUGAGCCUGUGGAGAAUGCAGGUCUGUGCCAUAGCACGGCUUCGCGUCCUAAAACUACGGCGAGAGAGGAAAGCAUUUCUAACCUUUCUACCGCUUCUUGGAAUUUCAUUGAUCCCACUGAUUACGGAAUACAUGGCUAAUGCUUUGAUAGAGGUAAAAACCAACUGGGAAUUUAAAACAGACUUGUAUUUCCUGUCUCCCGGACAACUCCCUCAGGGCCUGCGAACCAGUCUAUUGGUCAUCAAUAACACAGAGUCAAAUAUUGAAGAUUUCGUGCAGUCGCUGAAGCAUCAAAACAUAGUUUUGGAAGUAGAUGACUUUGAGAACAGAAACGCCACUGAGAGCCUUUCCUACAACGGAGCCAUUAUAGUUUCCGGAAGACAAAAGGACUACAGAUUUUCAGCUGUGUGUAACACCAAGAGGCUACACUGCUUUCCCAUAUUGAUGAAUGUUAUCAGCAAUGGAAUCCUUCGCAUGCUCAAUCAUACACAGCACAUCAGGCUUGAGGAAGAUGUACUCUCAUCAGGCAUCGUGGUGGUCUGGUUUGGGAUACUGGAAGCUUCCCUGUCCAUUCUGUUUAUUGUGUGCAGUGUUUCUCCACAUAUCGCCAUGAGUAGCAUCAGUGAUUUUAAAAAGAAAGCUGACUCCCAGCUGUGGAUUUCUGGCCUCUACCCUUCUGCCUACUGGUGUGGGCAGGCGCUCGUGGACAUUACUCUUCUCAGUGGAAUUCUUCUCACGGGCUACAUCACGUUAUACACGACAAAACUGAUGCACAUCUACUUGACAGGCGAAAUCGUGCUGUCUAUAGUCCUUCUCGCUUUUGGCUGUGCAGCUUCUCUUGUCUUCUUGACGUACGUGAUAUCAUUUGUUUUUGGCAAAAAGAGGAAAAACAGCGGCCUCUGGUCAAUUUGCUUCUUUAUUGUCAUAACGAUUAUGUUUGACACGGUUUUGAUGGAUCCCUUCAAUGAGGCACUGCUUAUUUCUGCCAUGAUGUUAGUUCCUUCCUUUUCAUUGAAUGCGCUCCUGAUUGUCUUGGAAAUGAGAGCCUACCAGUACUAUCGAGAAUUUGGAGAAAGCAAAUAUGGUUUAUCGGGGGUUGAUCUUCUCUUAUGCCUAAUACCUUACUUCCAUACUUUGCUGUUCAUUUUUGUUCUGAGAUGCCUGGAACUGAAGUAUGGGAAGAAUGUAGUACGGAAGGACCCCCUCUUCAGGAUAGCUCCGCAGAGUCUACAUGUUCAGCCAAACCCAGAGGAGCCCGUAGACGAAGACGAAGACGUUCAAGCAGAAAGAAUGAGGACAUCUGAUGCCCUGAGCACCGUGAAUUUAGAUGAGAAACCGGCCAUAAUCGCCAGCUGUCUGCACAAAGAGUACACAGGUCAGAAGAAAUGGUGUUGUUCAAAGAGGAGAAAGAAAAUAGCAGUGAGGAACAUCUCUUUCUGCGUUAAUAAAGGUGAAAUUUUGGGAUUGUUAGGACCCGAGGGCGCUGGUAAAAGUUCCUCUCUCAGGAUGAUAGCUGGCAUCAUGAAGCCGACAGCUGGAGAGGUGGAACUGAAAGAGUUAAGCUCAGCUGUGGCUCACCAGGGCGAGGGCCAUGGUGCAGCCAAGCUCGGAUACUGCCCUCAGGAGAACGUACUGUGGCCCAUCCUGACCGUGAAGGAACACCUGGAGGUGUACGCCGCUGUGAAGGGGCUGAGGAAGAAGGAUGCUGUCAUUGCCAUUUCAAGAUUAGUGAAUGCUUUCAAACUACACGACCAGCUGAAUGUCCAAGCGCGGAACCUAGUUGUGGGGUUGACUAGAAAGCUGUGCUUCGCGCUGAGCAUCCUGGGAAACUCACCUGUCCUGAUUCUGGAUGAACCAUCUACAGGCUUAGAUGUGUCAGGGAAGCAACAAAUGUGGCAGGCAAUCCAGGCAGCCGUUAAAGACAACAAGAAGGGUGUCCUCUUGUCUACCCAUGACCUGGCUGAGGCAGAGGCUCUGUGUGACCGAGCGGCCAUCAUGGUGUCUGGAAGGCUGAGACUCAUCGGUUCAAUCCAACACCUCAAGAGGAGAUUUGGCAAGGAUUACAUUCUAGAACUCAGAGUGAAGGAAAUUUCUCAAGAGCCAUUAGUUCACAAGGAGAUUCUGAGGCUGUUCCCCCAGGCUGCACGCCAGGACAGGUGCUUCUCCUUGCUCACCUACAAGCUUCCCGUGACAGAUGUUCAUCCUCUGUCUCAGGCCUUUCACAAACUGGAAGCAGUGAAGCGUGGCUUUAACCUGGACGACUACAGCCUCUCUCAGUGCACAUUGGACAGAGUAUUUUUAGAGCUUUCGAAGGAACAGGAGCUGGGAGAUGUUCAUGAAGAAGCUGAUAUAACCAUGAGAUGGAAACUCCUCCCUCCCUCAGAUGAACUGUAAAGUCUCAGGCCUAAUCAUUCUGUUAUCCCACCAACUUCUUUUAUACAGUAACGAACAGAAUGAAUAGUUUCAAAGAUGUUUUCAUGUCAACAUUACACAUAUUUUAUUUGCUCAAUCAACAUCAAGUUAAAAUUUACAAUUAUUCAUGUCUCAAAACUUAAAGGCUAUAUAAGGAAAUACAAACUACUAGGAACAUGAAAUCACCCAGAAUCAGGCCUCCGGCUACUGUAGAGACAAAACUACAAAACUGAAUUUUAAAUAGAAAUUAAUUUAUCACGAUUAUCAGAAACUUCACUUUCAAAAACAUAUGAGGAAUGUUCCUCUUCUGUCCUACAUGGGCUCCUGCACAUAUAUGUGCACAGACAUACACUCAUGUAUAGAUAAAAUACACAGGUUUUGAAAAGAAUAUCUGUAUAAUGGAAAAAAUGUAAAAAUUAAAUAAAACUUAACAAAAGAGACCCUAUAGUUCCUUCAUAUAAAAAUUCAAUUGUUUGCUUUCUUUAAUCCAUUUUUUGUAGAGUUGUUACCAUAUACAGUAUAUGUAUUUCCCAACGAUCUACUUAUAUUUACUGUUAUAACAUUGGAAUUUUUUUGCUUUCAAACUUAAAGUUGAAACUAUAUAUUUGCAUUUAAAUUUGUGUUAUUUAUAUUCUUCAUUCAUUUACUUGUGUGCUUUAAUCUUUUUAUUACCCAUCUACAGGAAUCAUAUGUAAUGAAAUAGUGUAGUGGUGUGUUUUACAGUUAAACACCACUAUCUGGAAGGUUGAACUGGUCAAGAUGCAAACAUUUCAAGUGAUGCUACAAGUUGAAAAUUUCUUACCUGACCUGUGAUGGGUCAAGGUCCAAUCAAGGCUCAUUAAAACUAUUGCAUUAAA